UUGCGGGGGCGGGGACCAGGGCCUCGCAGCGCCGCCGCGAUGGAGCCCUGAGGCCUCCAGCGGCUGAGUGUGCCUGAGGCCGCGCGGCCUGGCCAUGGCCCAGCGCCGCGGCCUGUGAGCACAGCCCGGCCCGGCCCCCGCGGUGGGCCCUCUCUCGCCGGCCCCAGCCCUGCGCGGAGGCCGCGCCGCCAACGGCUGCUGUCGGCGCCAUCGAGGAGCGGGCACGGCCCGGCUCCGACCAUGUCGUGCGUGCACUACAAAUUCUCGUCCAAGCUCAACUAUGACACAGUCACCUUCGACGGCCUCCACAUCUCCCUGUGCGACCUCAAGCGCCAGAUCAUGGGUCGCGAGAAGCUGAAGGCGGCCGACUGCGACCUGCAGAUCACCAACGCCCAGACCAAAGAAGAAUACACAGAUGAUAAUGCCCUGAUUCCGAAGAACUCAUCUGUAAUUGUGAGAAGAAUCCCUAUUGGCGGAGUGAAAGCUACCAGCAAAACAUACGUUAUGACUCCUAAAUCGCACAAAACCCUAGAAACUGCUUUCAGAAGUCGAACUGAGCCAGUGAGUGGAACAUCAAAAGCAAUUGAUGACUCUUCUGCAUCUAUUUCUCUGGCCCAGCUUACUAAGACCGCCAAUCUGGCUGAAGCCAAUGCUUCCGAAGAAGAUAAAAUAAAAGCUAUGAUGACACAGUCUGGCCAUGAAUAUGAUCCAGUCAAUUACAUGAAGAAGCCUGUGGGUCCACCUCCACCAUCCUACACUUGCUUUCGUUGUGGGAAACCUGGCCACUAUAUAAAGAACUGCCCAACAAAUGGGGACAAAAACUUUGAGUCUGUUCCGAGAAUUAAAAAGAGCACAGGAAUUCCAAGGAGUUUCAUGAUGGAGGUGAAAGAUCCUAACACCAAGGGUGCCAUGCUUACAAACACUGGAAAAUACGCCAUACCAACCAUUGAUGCGGAAGCUUAUGCAAUAGGAAAGAAGGAAAAACCUCCUUUUUUACCAGAGGAGCCGUCCUCCUCCUCAGAAGAAGACGAUCCUAUUCCAGAUGAGCUGUUGUGUCUCAUUUGUAAAGAUAUCAUGACGGACGCAGUUGUUAUUCCCUGCUGUGGAAACAGUUAUUGUGAUGAAUGUAUUAGAACAGCGUUAUUGGAGUCUGAGGAACAUACGUGCCCAACGUGUCAUCAGACUGACGUUUCUCCUGACGCUUUAAUUGCCAACAAGUUCUUACGCCAGGCUGUGAACAACUUCAAAAAUGAAACCGGUUACACAAAAAGGCUUCGUAAGCAGAUUCAACAACAACAGCAGCAGCAACAGCAGCAGCAGCUGCCACCGCCACCACCACCACCACCUCCACCACCUCUCAUGAGACAAACAAUAACACGCAACCUGCAGCCUCUGCUCCGGCCAACGAGACCGGAACCACUGAUGAUUCCAUUAGCUUCUCUGGCUUCUCGUUCUGCUCUGUCAUCUUUGGCUCCAGGUCCAUCCUCCAUGGCAGCUGGGCUGCCUGUAAAUCCAUCUUCUGUUGUUGUCUCUGAUCUCCCUCCAGCAGUGUCCCUGUCUCUCCGUGGUGAAAAGCCAGAUGGACCUUUCCGUGAUGAUACUGUUAUACCUCCUGCUGCUCUGGUGACUGCUGCUGAGCUUUCUAAAUCUUCCCCCCUGUCAAUCACCAGUCUGUUGGAAGAGAAGGGCUAUCAGGUUCCUGUACUAAGACAGCCAGCAUUACCAAGUCUUUUGGGCCCUCAAGGACAGUCAAUACCCACAACUGGUCAUCCCAUGAGAGCCGGAGCCAUUCGCUCAGCAGGCGGCAGACCAGGCUGGGAACUAAGUUCAAAUCGAGGACGCCUGCAUGGUGACCGUGCCCAAAGGAGUCAGGCCCCAUCACUACCAGCAUCAGCACCAGUCUUUGUGCCUGUGCCUCCACCUCCCUUGUAUCCUCCACCACCACAUGCCCUUCCUCUUCCUCCUGGGGUACCACCACCACAGUUUCCUCCUCAGUUUCCACCUGGGCAGCCUCCAUCCGCUGGGUACACUGUCCCCCCUCCAGGAUAUCCCCCAGCUCCUGCAAACAUGUCAUCAGCGUGGGUACCAACAGCAGUACCAACGGCUCAUUCCAAUACCAUCCCAACGACACAAGCACCUCCCUUAUCUAGGGAGGAGUUUUACAGAGAGCAGCGGAGACUUAAAGAGGAGGAAAAGAAAAAGUCCAAACUUGAUGAGUUUACAAAUGAUUUUGCUAAGGAAUUGAUGGAAUAUAAAAAGAUUCAAAAGGAGCGUAGGCGUUCGUUUUCCAGGUCCAAGUCUCCCUAUAGUGCUUCAUCUUACUCUAGGAGCUCCUACACCUACUCCAAGUCAAGAUCAGGCUCUUCCCGCUCUCGCUCCUACUCCCGCUCGUUCAGCCGUUCUCAUUCUCGUUCCUACUCCCGAUCUCCACCGUACCAGAGGAGGGGCAAAGGGAAAAGUCGGAACUAUCGCUCUCGAUCCCGGUCACACGGGUACCACCGCUCCAGGUCAAGGUCACCCCCAUACAGAAGGUACCACUCACGAUCAAGGUCUCCAGUGUUUCGAGGCCAGUCUCCCACCAAACGAACUGUACCUCAGGGAGAGGGAGAAAGGGAGUAUUUUAACCGAUACAGAGAAGUUCCACCAUACGAUAUGAAAGCGUAUUAUGGCAGAUCUGUGGACUUCAGAGACCCGUUUGAAAAGGAAAGAUACAGAGAAUGGGAAAGGAACUACAGAGAGUGGUACGAGAAGUUUUACAAGGGCUACGCUGUUGGUGCUCAACCUCGGCCUCCUGUCAGCAGGGAAAACUUUUCUCCAGAGAGGUUUGGUGCCCCCGGGACCAGGAGGGAGAACUCUCCCUAUGCUCGGGGGCGCAGGGAGGAUUAUCCUGGGGGGCAGAGCCACCGCAAUCGUAUAGCUGGAAAUUAUCCUGAAAAACCCUCUGGAAGAGAGAGCCAUGGUGUCAAAGAUCCUACAAAAUCAAAAGAGAAGGAGGUGGAAAAUCCACUGGGAGAUGGCAAAGGAAAUAAGCAUAAAAAACACCGGAAGAGAAGGAAAGGAGAUGAAAAUGAAGGAUUUGCUAAUACUGAGAUGUUGGAAAGUGCAAGAAAACCAAGAGAGGCCGUUGCAACAGAAGACGUUAAAACAGACUCCCUGUUCAUACUUCCAAGCAGAGAUGAUGCCACUCCUGUAAGAGAUGAGCCCAUGGAAGCGGAUUCCAUUGCUUUCAAACCUGUGUCUGAAAAGGAGAAAAAAGAGAAGGAUAAACCAAAAGCAAAGACUGACAAGACAAAGCGGAAAGCAGAUGCGGCCGUUCCUCCUAAGAAGGACAGCUCAGCGAAGCCAGGCAAAGCUUCCCAAGAGAAGGUGGACCCUGACCGGGAAAAAUCUCCUCGAACGGAACCUCCUGUGAAGAAGGUGAAGGAGGAGUUGCCAAAGACAGACAGUGUUAAAGCAUCUUCCUCUCAAAAGGACGAGAAGGCUCUUGGUACCCCACGGAAAGUUCACCCUAAAGGGGCAAAAGAUCACCCAGAAACCAGACCAGCCAAGGAGGAGAAGGCAAAGAAAGACCAUCCGAAAGAAGCCAAGUCAGAGAAGCCCUCUACCAAAGAGGACAAGACAAAAAAACCUGCAGAAAAAGGCAAAUCCUCUGAUGCAAAACCUGAAAAAAGAAAAAGAAAAGCAGAGGAAAAGGUUGAUAAAGAGCAUGAAGCCACUUCCACAAAGGCCUCGAAACCAGAAACUGCAGAAUCGAAAACGUCGCCAAAGGGGAAGGCCGAGCCCGAUGGUGAGAAAGGAGAGAAAACUCCAGACAAGGACAAAUCUGCUUUUCUCAACAACCCUGCCAAAAAGAUUAAACUGAACCGAGAAACCGGGAAAAAGAUUGUGAGUGGAGAGAAUGUGCCACCUGCAAAAGAGCCUGUGGAGAAACCUGAGCCGAGCAGCAGCAAAGUGAAACAAGAGAAAACAAAGGGAAAAGUGAGGAGAAAAGUAACAGCAGCUGAUGCAUCUAGUUCUACUCUUGUAGACUACACCAGCACUAGUUCUACUGGAGGAAGCCCUGUCAGAAAGCCUGAAGAAAAGACAGAUACCAAACGAACUGUCAUUAAGACCAUGGAGGAGUAUAAUAAUGAUAUAACAGCCCCUGCUGAAGAUGUCAUUAUUAUGAUCCAGGUCCCUCAGUCAAAGUGGGAUAAAGAUGACUUUGAGUCUGAAGAGGAAGACAUUAAAUCUACCCAGGUGCCCACAAGCAUAGGAAAACCUGCUAGUGUUAUAAAAAAUGUGAGUGCUAAGCCAGCAAACCCCAUAAAACACAGUGAAAAAGAGACAGAGCCUUUGGAGAAAGCACAGAAGUCUGCAAAAGAGGCGAGCUAUGAAAGCUCCCAGCAUGAUGCCAAGAGCUCAAAAAGUUCUGUGUCGAGUGAAAAAGGCAAAGCCAAAGAGCGGGAUCAUUCGUUAUCAGACAAGGACACUUCGGAGAAGAGAAAGAGCAGUGCUCAGCCAGAAAAAGACCACUCGGAACGUGCAGCUGAGCAAGGGAAUGGAAAAACCAUUUCCCAGUCUUCCAAGGAAGGCAGAUCUGAGAAGCACGAUCCUGGCCGUGGAUCCACUGCCAAGGACUUCACUCCCAACCGAGACAAGAAAUCUGACCAUGAUGGCAGCAGAGAUCAUUCUAGUUCCAAACGCAGAGAUGAAAAGAGUGAACUAGCGAGGAGAAAAGACUCCCCCUCUCGAAACAGAGACUCUGCAUCCACGCAGAAGAGUAAACCGAGAGAGGAGAGAGCAGAGCCGUCCAAAAAGGGCACUGGAGAGGCCAAAAGGAGCAGCUACAGUCCCUCGCGUGAGCGGAAGCAGUCUGAGCACAAAGCUGCUCACGAGUCCAAGCGUACAUCAGAGGAACACAAACCUCUGGAUAAAAAUGCAGUGAAAGAGAAGGAGAAAGAGAAAGAAAAGGAAAAAGAAAAAGAAAAGGAAAAGGAAAAAGAAAAGGAAAAGGAAAAAGAAAAGGAGAAAGAAAAAGAAAAGGAAAAAGAAAAGGAGAAGGAAAAAGAAAAGGAAAAGGAGAAGGAAAAAGAAAAGGAAAAGGAAAAAGAAAAGGAGAAAGAGAAGGAGAAAGAGAAGCACCUCCCAGAAAUAAAGAGCAAUAAAGAGAAAGAGACAAGUGUUACCAAACCACCUGUGAAACAAGAAUCACCAGAGGCAAAGAAUGAGAAAGAGAACGUGGCUGGACAGAACGAUAAAGGCGUUGUCAAGCCCAAGCCUCAGGUCAGCAGCUCCUCACGGCUCUCCUCUGACCUGACCCGAGAGACUGACGAGGCUGCGUUCGUGCCAGACUACAACGAGAGUGACAGUGAGAGCAACGUGUCUGCUAAAGAGGAGGAAGCUGCAGCGAAGAACCCAAAAGAGCCGAAAGAAAAGGCUGCUGAGAAGGUGAAGGAGGAUGCGGCCGCUCCUCCCGCAGCUGAGCAGCCUGAAGCCAGCAGGAGUCAAAGUCAGAGCAGCCCCAGCGUCAGCCGCAGCCGCAGCCACAGCCCGUCCGAGAGUCAGACUCGGAGCCACAGCAGCAGUGCCAGCUCCGGGGAGAGCCAGGACAGCAAGAAGAAGAAGAAGAAGAAAGAGAAGAAGAAGCACAAGAAGCAUAAGAAACACAAGAAGCAUAAGAAACACCUCGGCACCGAAACGGAAUUGGAAAAGAGCCAAAAACACAAACACAAGAAGAAGAAAUCGAAGAAGAGCAAAGAUAAAGAGAAAGAUGACCAAAAAGUGAAAUCUGUCACGACAUAGAAUGACAGAUGAUAAAAAAAUGACUUAAUUCCUAAGUCAUCUGUAUUAAAUUUUGUUAAAAUGUAAACGAAUUCAAGCGUUGUAAAUAAUGACAUGGAAGACCCUGUGCUGCACUUAAACUAUUGCUGCUUGAUUAUUUGAUUUUUACAUCAGAGCUUUAUAAAAAGUGAACAUUUUGUACAGAAUUGUGAGUUGUGACCAUGUAACAUGAAAGGUUUUGCUGGGGCAUCUUCUUUUUCACCACCGGCGGUUGCUUUGGGUGAGCACCCUGUGCUGUGAAGGCUUUCACAUCGGGGUUGGUUUUAAUCGCCUGGCAGCAGCAGCCGGGCGAGGGGCCCGGGCCCGGGCCUGGUGGGAUGGUUUGCAGAGAGCAUCGCAGCCCUGUUCUGUCACUUUUUGAUUACAAUAAAAGGUUUUCAGUAAACUA